AUGUGGCACACUGUUCGAGAAUUGGCUUUCAUUAAAAGAGCCAUCGAGAGGCAGACGGAGCGGGAGUGUGCGGAUGUGUGUCUGUGGGUGGUGAGAGUUCCAGUGGAAAGCUGCGAGCAGUACACCACUUGUGGGGAGUGUUUGGGCUCCAGAGACCCUCACUGUGGAUGGUGUGUCCUCCACAAUGUUUGUUCGCGUAAGGACCGGUGUGAACGAGCAGGAGAGCCCCAGAGGUUUGCCUCCGACCAGAGGCAGUGUGUGGAGCUCACCGUUCAGCCAAGAAAUAUCUCCGUCACCAUGUCUGAAGUCCAGCUGGUCCUCCAGGCUCGUAACGUGCCUGAUCUUUCAGCGGGGGUCAACUGCUCCUUCGAGGACUACGUGGAGACGGAGGGACGGAUCCAGGGUGGACUCAUCUUUUGCCUGUCUCCUUCAGUCCGGGAAAUCAUCCCGAUCACAAGGAACAAAGGUGACAAGCGGGUAGUGAAGCUCUAUCUGAAGUCCAAGGAGACGGGCAAGAAGUUUGCCGACGUCGACUUUGUCUUCUACAACUGCAGCGUCCACCAGUCCUGCCUCUCCUGUGUGAAUGGUUCAUUCCCGUGCCACUGGUGCAAGUACCGCCACAUGUGCACCCAGAACGCCAACGACUGCUCUUUCCAGGAGGGACGCGUCAACAUCUCUGAGGACUGCCCUCAGAUCCUUCCCUCGACCCAGAUCUACAUCCCUGUCGGGGUGACAAAGCCGAUCACCUUGGCUGCCAAGAACCUGCCCCAGCCCCAGUCAGGACAGAGGAACUACGAGUGUGUCUUCCACAUCCAGGGGGAGACCCAGAAUGUGCCCGCCCUGCGCUUCAACAGUACCUCCAUCCAGUGCCAGAAAACAGCGUAUGCCUAUGAGGGCAAUGACAUCAGCGACCUGCCAGUGGAUUUGUCUGUGGUUUGGAACGGAAACUUUGUCAUCGACAACCCCUUCAUUAUCCAAGCCCACCUGUAUAAGUGCUAUGCCCUGAGGGACAGCUGUGGGAUGUGUCUGAAGGCAAACCCCAGGUUUGAGUGCGGCUGGUGCGUACAGGAGAAGAAGUGCUCCAUGAGGCAGGAGUGUACUCCUCCAGAAAGCACUUGGAUGCACGCCACCACAGGAAACAGCCGCUGUGCACACCCCAAGAUCAUCAAGUUGACGCCGGAGACGGGGCCCAGGCAGGGAGGGACCAUGCUGACCAUCACGGGCGAGAACCUGGGUCUGCAGUUCAAAGACAUCCAGAGCGGAGUCCGCAUCGGCAAGGUGGCCUGCAACCCUCAGGAGGACCAGUACAUCAGUGCUGAGCAGAUUGUGUGCCGACUGAAUGAUGCUACAGGUUACAGGGUGCAGGAGGCUCAGGUAGAAGUGUGCGUUAGGGACUGCACUCACCCAGACUACAAAGCAGUGUCCACCAAGGCCUUCACCUUUGUGUCUCCGUACUUUACCCGUGUCCUUCCGUCCACUGGGCCGCUGUCCGGAGGAACAAGGAUCACCAUUGAAGGCAGUCAUCUCAAUGCAGGCAGUGCUGUAGCGGUGAAAAUAGGACUUCACCCGUGUCGCUUCGAGAGGCGGAGCAACAAGGAGAUAGUGUGCGUGACUCCGGCGGGGCAAACCGCGGGUACCACCCCGGUCAUGGUGGACAUCAACUCUGCUGAGCUGAGGAACCCAGAGGUCAAGUUCAAUUACUCUGACGAUCCCACCAUCCUCAAGAUCGAGCCCGACUGGAGUAUCGCCAGUGGAGGAACUAUGUUGACCAUAACUGGAACCAAUCUGGCCACCAUCAAGGAGCCCAAAAUGAGAGCCAAGUAUGGAGCUGCCAAGUCAGAAAAUAACUGCACGGUUGUGAACAACACCGUGAUGGUGUGUCUGGCGCCCUCUGUGGCCGGAUCUGACAAAAGCUUCUCAGAGUCGGGCAGCCGUCCUGAUGAGAUCGGCUUUGUCAUGGACGACGUGCGCUCCGUGCUGGUGGUAAACGAGACUUUCAGCUACCACCCGGACCCCGUGUUCGAACCUCUGAGCCCCUCGGGCAUGCUGGAGCUGAAGCCCGGCUCACCACUCAUACUCAAGGGCCGUAACCUAAUUCCCGCAGCCCCAGGAAACGCUAAGCUGAACUACACGGUGCUGAUCGGGGAGACGCCCUGCGUUCUCACCCUGUCUGAGAGCCAGCUGCUGUGUGAAUGGCCCAACCUGACCGGAGAACACAAAGUCACUGUGCGUGUUGGAGGCUUUGAAUACUCACCGGGGACCUUGCAGAUCUACUCGGACAGCCUGCUCACUCUGCCUGCCAUCAUUGGUAUCGGAGGAGGUGGCGGCUUACUCUUGCUGGUUAUCAUUGUGGUGCUGAUUGCUUAUAAGAGGAAGUCGCGGGACGCCGACCGCACCCUCAAACGGCUGCAACUGCAGAUGGACAACCUAGAGUCCAGGGUGGCCCUUGAGUGCAAGGAAGCCUUUGCGGAGCUGCAGACCGACAUCCAUGAACUCACUCAGGAGCUGGACGGAGCAGGAAUCCCCUUUCUGGACUACCGCACCUACGCCAUGAGAGUCCUGUUUCCUGGGAUUGAGGACCAUCCUGUACUUAAGGAGAUGGAGGUACGGGUCCCCGCUAACACGGAGAAGGCCCUGACAUUGUUCGGCCAGCUGCUGACCAAAAAGCACUUCCUGCUGACCUUCAUCCGCACCUUGGAAGCACAGCGGUCCUUUUCCAUGCGAGACCGGGGCAACGUGGCCUCCCUCAUCAUGACGGCGCUGCAGGGGGAGAUGGAGUACGCCACGGGCGUCCUCAAACAGCUCCUGUCUGACCUCAUCGACAAAAACCUGGAGAGCAAGAACCACCCGAAGCUUUUACUCAGGAGGACGGAGUCAGUCGCUGAAAAGAUGCUCACCAACUGGUUCACCUUCCUGCUUUACAAGUUCCUCAAGGAGUGUGCUGGUGAGCCUCUCUUCAUGCUGUACUGCGCCAUGAAGCAGCAAAUGGAAAAGGGACCAAUAGACUCAAUCACAGGAGAGGCCCGCUACUCCCUCAGCGAGGACAAACUCAUCAGGCAGCAGAUUGACUACAAGACUUUGACGCUACACUGUGUGAACCCAGAGAAUGAAAACGCUGCGGAGGUGACCGUUAAGAGCCUGAACUGUGACACAGUGACGCAGGUGAAGGAGAAGCUGCUCGACGCUGUGUACAAGGGCACACCGUACUCCCAGAGACCAAAGGCCUCCGAUAUGGACCUGGAAUGGCGGCAGGGUAGGAUGGCUCGCAUCAUCCUUCAGGACGAGGAUGUCACAACUAAGAUAGACAACGACUGGAAGAGACUCAACACCUUGGCUCACUACCAGGUGACAGAUGGCUCGGUGAUUGCCCUGGUGCCUAAACAGAACUCGGCCUACAACAUCUCCAACUCCUCCACAUUCACCAAGUCCCUCAGCAGAUACGAGAGUAUGCUGAGGACAGCCAGCAGUCCAGACAGCUUGCGCUCCCGAACACCCAUGAUCACCCCCGACCUCGAGAGCGGCACCAAACUGUGGCACCUGGUUAAGAACCACGACCACUCAGACCAGAGGGAAGGGGACAGAGGGAGCAAGAUGGUCUCUGAGAUCUACCUGACCAGACUGCUGGCCACCAAGGGUACACUCCAGAAGUUUGUGGAUGACCUGUUCGAGACCAUCUUCAGCACAGCGCACCGAGGAAGCGCCCUGCCUCUCGCCAUCAAGUACAUGUUUGACUUCUUGGACGAGCAGGCAGACAAACACUCCAUAUCAGACUCUGAUGUACGGCACACUUGGAAGAGCAACUGUCUUCCUCUUCGGUUCUGGGUGAACGUGAUCAAGAACCCCCAGUUUGUCUUUGACAUCCAUAAGAACAGCAUUACCGACGCCUGCUUGUCUGUGGUGGCUCAGACCUUCAUGGACUCCUGUUCAACAUCAGAGCAUAAGCUAGGGAAGGACUCUCCUUCGAACAAGUUGCUCUACGCUAAAGACAUCCCCAACUAUAAGAACUGGGUAGAGAGGUACUACUCUGACAUCUCCAGGAUGCCGGCCAUCAGUGACCAGGACAUGAGUGCCUACCUGGCAGAGCAGUCGCGCCUGCACGCAAACCAGUUCAAUAGCAUGUCGGCCCUAAACGAGAUUUACUCCUACAUUGUCAAGUACAAGGAUGAGAUCUUGUCGGCUUUGGAGCGGGACGAGCAGGCGAGGAGACAGAGACUGAGGAGCAAGCUGGAGCAGGUCAUCGACACAAUGGCCCUGAGCAGCUGAGGACCAUCCGGCACCUCCGUCUCCUCCUUCUCUUCACUCCUCCUCUCCAUCUGUCUCUCUCCGUCGCUCCUCUCACCCAGACAACAAACAAAACUCCAACCCCCAACAAUACGAACAGACGAACUGCAAAAAGGACCAUAGCAGAAUAUUGCAAAAUGGGGGGGGGGGGGGUCGGCUGAGAUGGGCGGGCCUGUGUACGCUUACAUGUGUAUGUGUGUGUUUGUCUGCAGCCCCAUGCAGUGUGUGUGGGCUCGUGUCUGUGUGAGGGACUGGGACACCAGACAUUUUCACACAUGCAUACUUGGAGAAACAUGUCAACUGACAGCAUUUGGUUAUUGUGGAUGUUGGUGUUUGUUGUUUGCUUGAUUUUGAUUUCAGGAAGUUUUGUCGUGAUGAAGCGAUGGUCAGGAAAGAAACAAUGGAGGCCUGGAAAGAAACUCCAUGUUAUGGUAUUAACAGAAUGGAACAGUCUGUGAUGAGCCAAUGGAGAAAGGCUCUCUAGGUCAUGUGACUCCAACGGGUGUCACCGUUAUAUUUUUCUUUUCUUUUCUUUUUGUACAGAUGUAAUCAACUGCCCACUCUCUGAUCUCUCGCCACUUGUAUUACUGCUGAAUUUGCACAAUUUACAGAAACGUUACAAAGGAAGAUGAUAUAGAUAUUAUAUAGAAAUACAGCUACGUUUUUAAAGAAAGAUUAGGGAGGAAACAUUUUAGUUUUUUCCUUUUCCUUUUUAACCAACAAACAAUACAAAUACCAACAAUAAAACAUGAUUUGAUGUCUGAAGUACAAAAGAAAAAACAUUGUAGACGAAAAAAAAAAAGAAACAAAAAAGAAACAAAAAAGUCGUACUGUGCCAUGUUUUCUUUGAAUGUUGUUUAGUGCAAAGACAUUUUGUUAGAUGGAAUGUGCUACCGUAUAAUUUUAAAUAUGAACAUGCCUAGUGACUGAAAAGAACUGCUUGAGUAAUGACCCUUCAUAAGAUCCUUAUUGGAAACGACGGGAAGUGAGACGACACGGAGUCGUCCGCCUUCUCGAGUUAGGACAGUUCAUGGUGAUAAAAUGAAGUUGCUGUUGUUUCUAAUUCAAUCAGUGCAAUCUUUUGGUUUCAGACAACCAAAUAUACACUCACAGGACUGUUGCUUUCUUACGGCCACGUUCGUGUCCAGCACCACGGCUGGUUCUGUUGUUGAGGGUCAAGAAGUGAUAGUCGAGUGGAUCAUGUUAUAGUAACCGAACAAUGAAGUAGAUACAUUGCACUACCUGAAAUAUUUCCGAUACCACGUAGCCACCAUAUCCAACACUGAGGAUUACACAUGACCUGAGUUUGUGUUGUUCAUUUUUCCGUAACAGUCCUGUUAGAGAAAAGCCAAAGUCGUGGUGCUCUCGGACGCUGUUUUACGUCUUUAAAGGAGCAAACAGUGAGGUAAGGUAGAGCUUAGCUGAGCCCCUUUCUAGUGAAACAAAGUAGGGAAAAAGUGGUUCCAGCCUAAAGCCAGACUAGACACCCAGAUAGAGGGACAAGGAAAAUAUAUAAUGUGUUUCUCGACACCUCUAACCUAUCUCUUUGAGACUGGGGUUUUAGCUUUUUAUCCAUGAGGGGGAGGUGUAGAAGGAUAAAGAGGUGAGACACCUCUGUUCAUUAGCUACACAAGGCUGAGUAAUCCUCCCCUUAGCCUGCAGCUCUUGUUUCAGAACUAGCCUACUGCCAUGUGUGGCUUAAGCUUUUUUUUUUUUUUUUUUUUUUAUUACUGCUCUCUGAAGAGGAUUUAUUUGUUUCUUUUUUUUUUUAAGUCAGGGCUUUUGACUUUGUGGUGAGAAAUGAUGUUUUUCCGAUAAUUUUUUUCUGCUUGCCGAAAAAACCAAACUGGUCUGUAUAAUGUUUUUGUUGUUUUUAAUUUGUAAAUUGUAUACUUUUUCAUGAUGAACAAAAGCUGUUUGCCAUUUUUUUUUGUGAUCAGGUUGUUGUUGUUUUUUUUGUCUUUUUAUUUUGUAACAUGUAAAUUGUACAUUUUACGGUACACAGAAGACAAAAUCCUCUUCAGUUUGCCUGAAGUUGAAGUACUUGACCGAACUUGAGGUUUAUUUUCCUGAUCUCGAGGAUCGAAAUGAAAUUGUUGCAUCAGAUGAGCAUCUGUGUCUUUGUGAUGGAAAUGUGACUUGCUGCUUUAACUCUUGUAUCAAACAUUUUUUUCUAUCAAACAUUAGGGCUGUCAUUUUAUGCUGAUCAUGAAUGCUGUCGCUGUCCAUUUUUACGCCAGGUUCCUUAAAAAAAACAAAAAACAAUCUACUCUCACAUCCAGGAAUAGUGAGCACGCCUUCCAAAUUAAUGUCAACCCACCUUUUUGUUUACACGUCUGAGCUGCAUUACGAGCCUAGUUCAACUGGAUACCUGUAGGGACUUGAUAGUUCACUCUGUACCUGCUAAACUAAAUAAUCUUGAGGGACCACUCGGCCCGUCUAAGAAUAGAAAUGUCUCCAUUUCAGCUGACCACGUUGGCUUCACACAUUAAAUAAUGUCUGUUAAAUCAUCUAUAUUAAAGAAAGUACUGCAACCCCACCACCAAAACAUGCUUAGGCCACAUGCAAGCAUUCAAAGCAUUUUUUUUGAUUAUUCUCCAGCGUACAGCUGAGUUUUUGCUGCAUUCGUACAUUUUGGUGCUCUUACUGUAGAUCACAUGGCGAGGAAAUACAUGACUGUUGAGGCCAGAGCUCACAGCAGUUCUUUGAAUGAUCAGUAUGAGCACAGUGUACCGUCGGGACACAUACACUCGCCCCCUGCAAAAGCACACGGACGGAAAACCAAGUGUGGCAACAGUGCCCAGUUGGUUAUCUGUCAGGCUUUCUUU